AUGGCAGACGGCAAGGGGGAUACUUGGGAUGAUAACAGUCUUGGUCAAGUUGUGGGGAUUCUGGUUUCCCACACUUCUAGAUCUACUGCCAUAGAUUCUUUACGUUUUCUUUGUGUAAAGGACAACGUUCACCAAAUGUCUGAAGAACAUGGCGGUGGUGGUGAUAACUCUGAAAUGAUCAUGCUGGACUAUCCAAAAGAGUUCCUCAUUGAAGUGCAUGGGAUUCGUAAUGUCGCAGUUGGUUUCAACUCCACUACUAAAUAUACCAUCAGGUCUUUAACAUUUGUGACUAACAAGGCGACAUAUGGACCCUUUGGUCAACAACGUAGUUGUCCAAAUGAUAUUGUUUUUGGUUUCAAAAUUGCGGGGAAUGAACCUGGGAAUUGGAUUGCUGGAUUUUAUGGAAUUGAUUAUGCGGGCUACAUCAGAGGUCUUGGAGUUUACGUUCGGGCACCGACUAUCAGCCAACCUGAUGAUAAUAAAUUAGGCGUUAAGUUGGAAGUCUGA